AGCUGGCUGUGCCCGUGCAAACACAUUUGCAGAAGUGGAGCCCAGGCUUAUCACUUCCCUGAGAAGAAAAACACAUUUCCAGUUUCCUGUGCCUAAGAGCGAGUGCCCAGUGCCCUGCACGCUGCCCAGACGCAGACCGACCUGUGCAUAAGGGACCCAGGUGAAGGGUUAGGGUAGGGCCCGCGGAAGAGCCUAGAGGAAUUCCAGAACCCGCAAACUAAGAGCACCGAGGACCCCAGCUCUGCCCAGACUCAGCCCAGAAGACUGUGGCCUGCCAUGUCUUUGUAGGUGAGGAGUCACCUCACUCUGGCCCCCUGUCCUGCACAGGGAGACAUCGUCCUGCACAGAGGACACUGACAGGGUCACACUACGUUGCCCAGGCUAGCCCUGCACCCUCUCUGUGGCCCAGGGAAGCCUUGCAGAAUCAGUCCUGCCACAGACCACAGAGGAGGCACAAAGGGACACUUAUCCGAGACCCCUGAUCUGGAAAGAGGUGUGCCCGCGUACGCCUCUGCUGGAUGCCUGGUAUGUUGAUGGCCUUACAGCAGUUCCAAGGCUAGAACCGACAUCCGUCCCGUGUGUCGAAGCACCAGCCCAUGCUCCGAGUGAAAGGCCUCUGGGGCAGGAGGUGGAUGGAGCUUUGGAUGUGACAAGAGGACCCCAGAGCCCCGUCCGUCCGUCCGUCCGUCUGCUGGCACAGGAGGCGCCAUCGCGGGACAGAGCUGCUGAGUUGCACCAGGAUGAGCGAGGACCUCAGUGUAGACGGAAGUGAGAAUGGUGUUGGCCACUUGUAUUCUGAGAGUCUACCACAGCUCAGGGAGUAUCUUCCGCAACCAUCAGCCGAUCACUCCUCGUCCUCAGAGAGUACCGUGACGUCAAGUGAAUCUGGAUCAGACAGUUUGCGCACGACGUCUGGUGUCCUUGACUGCAAGUCCCUCUGCGAGAAGGAGGAGGAAGCAGGAUCGGCCUCUGCCAUGUCAGGCGCCAGCCCAGCUCCCGAGACCGCUGCACUCUGCCCCUCCGAGGGCGUGGACAAGGCUGCGUCGCACCUGGUGAGGGAGCAGUCCCAGUUAUCGGAAGCAGGAGAGGGACUCAAAACUGUAGAAGAUGGAGGGAAGGACCACAUCGCAAGGGAAUCCGAGGUUUCAGAACCUCCCAAAGCGCCCGUGAAGUCAGUUAACUUUCAGCAGAGUGAGAACACUUGGGCUAGCGAGAAGGAGGUGGAGGCAGAAUUUCUCAGGUUAUCUUUGGGUCUGAAGUGUGACUGGUUUACUCUGGAGAAGAGAGUAAGGCUUGAAGAGAGGUCGCGGGACCUGGCAGAGGAGAACUUGAAGAAAGAAAUCACCAACUGUUUAAAGCUUUUAGAGUCAUUAGCACCUCUGUGUGAAGAUGACAACCAGGCUCAGGAGAUCAUUAAGAAGCUGGAGAAGAGUAUAUCGUUUCUCAGCCAGUGCACUGCACGUGUGGCCAGCAGGGCAGAGAUGCUGGGGGCCAUCAAUCAGGAGAGCCGGGUAAGCAAAGCCGUGGAGCUGAUGACUCAGCACGUGGAGAACCUCAAGAGGAUGUACGCCAAGGAGCACGCCGAGCUGGAGGAGCUGAAGCAGGCUCUGCUGCACAAUGAGAGGUCCUUCAGCCCCCUGGAAGGCCAAGAUGACUGUCAGAUUAAAAAACGUUCAUCUUCUCUAAACUCCAAGCCCUCGUCUCUUCGAAGAGUGACGAUUGCCUCUUUGCCCAGAAAUCUUGGAAAUAUGGGGAUGGUGUACGGGAUAGAAGAUGAUGACAGAUUCAGCCGGCGGUCGAGCAGCUGGAGAAUUCUGGGGACAAAGCAGAGUGAGCACCGCCCCUCCCUGCACCGGUUCAUCAGCACCUACUCCUGGGCAGACGCGGAAGAUGAGAAAUGUGUUGUCAAAACCAGAGAUGCCUCGGAAGCCGCGGGAGAAGAGGCGGUGGACAGGACCAGGAAGGCCAGCGUUUCUGAGAAGAGGAGCAGCCUGUCCACCUGGGACCGCACUGCGGUCUGCAGCUCGGUGGCUUCCUGGGUCACUCACUUGCAGGCAUCCUUCAGCAGGGCCAACAGGGUGCUCUGGUUCUCUGUGGUCAUCCUGCUCUUCGCAGCACUGAUGAGUCUCCUGACAGGCGAGUUCUUCCAGAUGGCGGUGGAGGCUGCACCCACACAGGAAGGGACCUCCUGGGCGUCUCUGGAACACAUCUUAUGGCCCCUUACCAGACUCAGACACAACGGGCCCCCGCCAGCAUGACCGAACAUUUCCUUCUGAGAGUCUUACAGUAGUAACUUUCUGGUAAUUACAAUGCAAACCAGGUUCUCAGAGCAGCUGGGAUACCUUACUUCCCCAGCGAUGGCACAGGGAGGGAGGGACCCUACCUCGGGUAUUUUAAUGAGCUUUCUGAGAGAGACGUAGUACUUUAUUAAAAUGUACCGUAAUAAAGAGCCGUUCAAAUCUC